CCUGAUAGGCUAAUUGAAGCACUAAAACGUAUGCAUCGACUCGAGGAGGAGACAGAUGGCCGAACUGAGCCAGACUUGACCCAAUUUGGAUUAGAAAACUCUCCACAAUCUGUCGUCGGUCGACUAAAGAGCAAACCUGAAUGUCGUAUUAUGUCCCAACAGCUUGAAACCUCUUAUCAAGCUUUAUUAGACCUACUGAAACAACAUGAGGCCAAACUGGAGCACCAGGAAAAGCUGGCUCAUUUACUCGAGACUGCUGAAAUCUUCUACGAUCAUCAGCACAAAGAAGUUACGAAGGUGACGAAUGUAAGCAUUAUAAAUUUAUAG